AUGAUUGAGAGAGGACAAACAGUUUACACAAACUUCUAUUAGAUUCAGAUCAACCCAAAUAGCCAUAUCUAUAGAUAUCAAGUAAUAUAUACAUCUCUAUUCUCUCUCUUAUAGUUAUCAUUUUAACCAUUCUUAUCUCCAGAAUAACAAAUAUCUAAAUGGAGAGAAAUAUUCAAGAUUGCUAAGUCAGGUCUUCAAGAGAACCUAAAAGUCUUCAUUACUAAUAACUAAAUUCUCUAUUCCCCAAUUAGAGCUUAAACAAUGGGACUACUUCUUGGAGUAUAUGAAGAAGAAGGAACUAGUCAUUCAAUUUCUAUUGAAGAGAAAGCUGUUCUAAAACCAGGAGAACCUGAAUACACAGGGUUAAUAGGAAGAUUCUUUAAAAUGUUAUUAAAACAAUAAAAAUUGUUAUAAAUUGGUAGAAAGUACUUUAACACCAAAAAUUUAAUUAAUUUUGAUUAAUUUGGAUUGAAAGUAUAUAUUUAAUUUAAUGAUCUUAAGGUUUUACCUGGAGUGACAUGUAGUUUAAUAAAAUAGGAAGAAUAAGGAAAAUAUUACAUUAAUAUAGACUCUUCAUUUAAAAUGUUAAGAAGCACUACUAUGUAUGAGGAAUUAAGAAACUCAAGAGAUUUUUCUUAAUUGGAAGGAGCCAUAGUGAUGACAGUCUAUAAUUACAAAUUCUAUAAAGUGAAUAAAGUAAGUAGGGAAAUGAAUCCAAAGAGUGAAUUUGAAAAUUUGAAAGGAGAAAAGAUGAGUUACAUGCAAUAUUACUAAGAUAAGUAAGAAUAGAAUAAUAACACAUAAAAGAUACAAGAUUGCCAUAAAAGACGUAACUUAACCAUUGAUAGAAGUCUUAGAGAAAUCUAGAAAGAAACAAGAAGAGAAGAUUAUCUAUUUAAUACCAGAAUUAUGUGUAAUGACAGGAUUAUCAAAUGAAAUGAGAAAUAAUUUUUAGACUAUGAAAUAAUUAUCCACUGUUACUAAACCAAGAGGAGUAGAUAGAGUGAAAUAAGCAGAUCAAUUUAUUUAGUGUUUUCAUAAUAAAGAGAGUGAAGAAUUAAUAAAGAAAUGGAAUAUUUAAUUAGAACCAAAAUGUUUAUAGAUUUAAAGUUCUAAAAUCAAACCAGGAAAUAUUAUGAUGGGGAAUAACACAUCUAUAAAUAUAGAAACAGGUAAUUUAGAUAGAGAUACUCAGACAGCUAUGUUAAGAGGAGUAGGUUUAGAGAAUUGGGGAAUAUUAUAUAGUGAUAGAGAUAGUAGAUAAGCUGAAGAUUUUAUGAAUUGUUUGAGAGAGAGUAUUGAAUAUUGUAAAUUUUAAUGUAAAGCUCCUCGUACUUUUGUACUUCAUUCAAAUAGAAUUGAAGAUUGGAUUAAAUAAAUAGAUUUAAUUGUAUAAUAAUCAUAAGGACCAUAAAAAGUAACCUUGUUAUUAUUAAUAUUAAAUGGUCCAAAGAAGAAUGCUCCACUUUAUACAGAUAUCAAAAGAUAUUUAAUUAAUGAUUGUCCAAUAGCUUCAUAAGUUAUAUUGAGUUCCACUUUAAAUUAACCUAAAGGAAAAGUUAAAACUAUUUGUAAUAAAUUAUUGGUUCAAAUUUGUGCUAAAGUUGGAGGAACACCUUGGGGAGUAUCAGAAUUACCAUUUACUGAUUAACCAACUAUGAUUUGUGGAAUGGAUGUAUAUCAUUCUACUGGAAAAGCAAAAAAAUCUAUGUUAUCAUUUGUAUCAACAGAAGAUGAAUUCUUUAGUAAAUACAUGACUUAAUCAAUUGAAAUGGAAACUGGAGUAGAAUUUUCAUUUAGUUUAUGUCCAGU